AGUCUUGUUGUUAUUGGCGGAACGGAGACAGAGCUAACAGAGCUAACGUGGCUAACUGAGCUAACGUGGCUAACUGAGCUAACAUGGCGGUCUGAAGAUGGAGCGGCGGCGUCCAGCCCGUGAGGACGUUUGUCCUCUGCAGUGUAAGUCUUUGAGGACGGACGGAGACAGGAAGUGUCCCACGGCGUCCGCGCCUCGCACAGGAAGUUCCACUGGGGACGGACAGGAAGAGGAGAGAACAGCUGUCUCAGGGGACGCAAAAGUUAACCGUGACAUCAUGAUGACAUCACACGAACACAUUGGAUCCUGUUUAAAUAAAGUUUGGUUGAAUUCGACCGUCGACGUGUUGACCAGCGAGGCCAGUGAGGAUGAACUGGGACGACUGGACAUCGACCUGGACAGGAAGUCCAAACAGCACAACCUGACGUCCAGCAACGUGCGCGCCAUCUUGCAUGAGGUGAUUACUCAUGAGCGUGUGGUGGCCAUGAUGAAAACUGCCAUCAGAGACACUCAGGACCUGCCCAUGUUUGAGCCAAAGAUGACUCGAUCCAGACUGAAACAGGCCGUUCAGCAGGGACAGCCACUGAACUGGAGUCUGUCAGCAUUGAACGCAGCCACGGUCAAGCCUCCUCAGUUUGUUGACAUUGAUCUUGAGGAGGAUGAAGACUCGUCAGAUGAAGAGUAUUGUCCUGAUGAGGAAGAGGAAGAGGAGGAAGACACAGCAGAAGAGACCUUCCUCAGUGAUGCAGACAGCUUGGCUUCACCCCUCAAAAAGCAUCAGGGCAUGGCUGAACCCCUACAGAGAUCUCUAGAACAGCUGGGGGAACAGUUGAUGACCUCCUCCUGCUCUCCUCAUCACCUCCUCGCUGCUCCUGAGUCGUCCUUCAUGGAAAGACUGAACGCUGUGGAGGAGGAGCUGGACUGCAGCCCUGCCUUCACCUAUAACCAGCCUCUGGACAGAAAGGCUGAUGAUGAAGGUGGUCAUGAAGGCUCCAGCUGUUUGGCGUUCCGCACGCGCUCCAAGCUGCGUCUGGUGAACGUUCCUCUGGGUCAGCUGGAGGCGGCGCUGCUGGCCCCGGACAUCACCGCUGACAUGUACGGGCAGAGCGCCGCCCAGCGGGAGGAGGACCGGCACUGGACCAAGUGGCUGCAGGGUCUCAUGGCCCCCGACAGUGAAGAGGAAGCCGAUGACGAUGACGACCCCGAGUACAACUUCCUGGAUGACCAAGAUGAACCCGAUCUGGAGGACUACAGGACGGACCGGGCCGUCCAGAUCACCAAGAAGGAGGUGAACCAGCUGCUGGAGGAGCUCUUUGUUACACUCCAGGAGGAGGAGGAGGAGGAGGAGGAGGUGGCAGCUGAGGAGGAGGAGGAGCAGGAAGAGGAGCAGGAGGAGGUGGCAGCCGAGGAGGAGGAGCAAGAGGAGGAGCAGGAGGAGGAAGAUGUGGCGGCUGAGGAGGAGGAGCCGUCACAGAAUGGACCCAAGUUCAACAUCCCCCAAGCUUUACGUUUUGAGGCGCCGUUAGCCAACAUGUUGACGGAGCGGCGGCGAACCGUCAGGAAACAGUACGAAGCUCUGCAGCAGAAGAGAGCCCUGCAGGACACGACCAACCAUCACCGUGACAACGCCAACCCCAAGGACACGACCAGCCCACAACCGGACGCCGUCAGUCCCGUCUUAGUGCUCCAGAGCCGGGUCCACCCAGUCCUCCACCUGGACUACAACCAGAAACUACAGCUGCAGCAGCAGAUACAGCAGCAUGUGCAGCUGCUAACUCAAGUUCACCUGCUUUGCCGCCAUGUGGACGCCCUGAACCACGAAACCUGCAUCACUAAGCACUACCUGGAGGAGCUGCAGCAGUUUGCCAUCCGUCGUGAGGAGGUUUUCCUACCAAGCAGUUUCAGAGUGGGUAACCUGCAGGCGGCGCUGGAUCUCCUGCAGGAGGUGGAGCAGAGAGCGCAGCCUCCUCCUGCUCAUCCUGGUCCUACUGGUCCUCCUGCUGCCUCCAGACGCUGGCUCCCCAGGAUGACUCCUGCUACCAAUAGCCUCGCCUUCCCUCUGAUGCCCGCCGACGCCGCCUGGCUGUUCGCCACAAGUCCCGUCUUCCUGUACCCAGAACUACUUCCUGUCUGCAGCCUGGACCCGGCCCUCCACCCCCGACACCACCGCAGCGUUUACACUGCAGGAGAGGACGGUCUGAUCGUUCUGGGUCUGAAGCACUUUGAGGGUAUGGUCCAGUCGGACCAGCUGAUCAGCUCCUACCUGCUCUGUAAGACUCGAUGGAACUUCAGGAAACACAUCAGAGAGAUGAGCGGGCCGAGAGCGCCGCACAACAACCUCAUCAAGACGUUCCUGACGCAGCGAGUCGUUCCCCCCCUACCGCUCGCCUGCAGCAGAGUUCAGUCGGGAGACCGGCGCCCCCCGGUGGACAGAGACACCGCCAACAUGCCCAACUGGCUCAAGAACAGUCAGCUGAUCAUCCAGAGGACCCGACUGACCUCCACCCGUUACCCCCCCUCUCUCCCCUCCGGCUGCACCCUGAGGCUCCACCCCCACUGGCUCAAGAAGACGGCCUACCCACCUCCCCCCCCACACAGACGUCUCUUCACCUUGGCCCACAAUGCAUCUCUGCUGCCACUCGCCAAAGCCCCAGUAGAUGGACAGGUGGACUUGCUGGUAGACGGGCAGACAGCGAGACAGUCGAAGAGACUGGCAGACAGACAGGUGGAGAGACAGGUGGACAUGCAGCCAAUCAGCUACCUGUCCCUUCCUCCUCCAGGUGUAACGUUACUCUCUGGCUCCCCCGUUGUUUCAGGAGCCCUGGCUCCGCCUCCUGCCUCUGGGGCCGUCUCAUUGGCUGCUGUUCAUACAGUCCCCGCCCUCCCAGUGUGCGCUGACAUCAUCCAGUCCUGCCUUCCUAUUGGACGGAGGAUGCAGCAGAGCGUCCCCCUCCUCCUCUCCCUCCCCUCCCUGGCCCACACGGAAACCUCAAAGCCCAUCAUGCCUUGCUCUCUCACUGACGCUGUGAAGCCGGGGUACUUCCUACUCCAGAUGGUGCGAACGCCACAGGCUCCGCCCACUGUCAAAUCCCAGCAUGCUCUAGGGCAAGAGAUCCACAGACCAAUCAACAAGGAGAAAAAGGAGUUGGAGCAGACGUCCACAAGGUCGCUCCUUCCACAGGAGGAGGAGAGUUCAGCUUCAACGUCAACUCUGAGUCCUCCGUCGUCCAGCGCAGGAGAGGAGGAGGAGGAGGAGGAGGAGGAGAACCGGACUGCUCUGGGUGUGGCCUGUUUGAAAGGAGGAGAAAACACUGGUGGAGAGGAGGAAGAGGGGAGAGAUGUAGGAGGUGCAGGAGGAGGUGGAGAGGAGGAAACGAGUGGGGGAGGAGAGGGGGAGCAGGGAGCAGAGGGGGAGGAGGAUGAUGGACAGAUGGAGGAUGGGGGAGGAGGAGAGAGGGACGAGGAUGGAGAGAAGGAGAAGGAUGAAGAUCAGGACCGGCAGGGUGAGGAUGAGGAGGAGGAGGAUUUUGAUGACCUCACGCAGGAUGAAGACGAGGAGGAAGUGAUGUCAUCAGCGUCGGAGGAGUCAGUGCUGUCUGUUCCAGAGUUACAGGAGACCAUGAAGCAGCUGACCUGGCUGGCGGCGGAGCGGAGGCUCUGUGCAGACGGAGACUCGGAGGAGGACCACUCACCGACCUCGCCCGGCUCUCAGGAGGAGGAGGAGGAGGAGGAAGAGGAGGGGCCUAAAGGGGAGGAGUCUGGAGAGGGGAGGAGCAGUAAGGCGGGAGGAGACGAGGAGACGCCAUCAGGAGAGGGGACGCCCAGAGGAGGAGGCCGGUGUCCCGGACGAGGACGAGGUCGAAGCAGACCUCUCCGCGGCCUGAGGAGGAGUCGCCAGGAGCGCCACAGCAAAGACGCCGCUAAGCUGCUGCUGCUGUACGACGACAACAUCCUGAACAACGACCCGCACAGAGAGAGCAAAGACGUGGCGUUCGCCCAGAGCUACCUGAACCGGGUGCGUGACGCGCUGCAGGACAUACCUGGGCAGGUGGAGGAGUUUGUGUCUCUGCUGAACGAUUUCGAGCAGGUGGGAGACGGACAGGAAGUGAUGCUGUUGUUCAGGAAGCUGCGCUGCAUCCUGGGAGACCGGACAGACCUCCUCCGAGACUUCGCCGCAUUCCUGCAUCCUGAGCAGGCCCUGCAGUGUGGACUGUUUGAAGAGCAGCAGGCGUUUGAACGCAGCCGUCGCUUCCUGCGACAGUUAGAGAUCAGCUUUGGAGAUAAUCCAUCACAUUAUCAGAAGAUCAUCAAAGCUCUGCAGACUGGUCCAGACCUGAGUCCCACCAGCAUCGACGAGCUAAAGGCUCAGAUGGCCACGCUGCUAAAAGGCCACACCCAUCUACAAGCUGAAUUCUGGGUAUUUUUUGACGAGCUCCGCCCACCUCCUGCACGCCCGGGACAGUUUGAGGAAGCCCAUUGGCCGGAUGAUGGAGGAGGCGGGUCAGACGGAGGAGAGGGCGUUGGCCACAUGUCAGGGGGCGUGGCCAACAGCGGUUUUGAGGAAGUGACGCUCCCAGAGCUCGAAGAAGAAGAGGAGGAGCACAAGAUCCAACCAAUGACGAGUCGGCGCCGGAGGAUGAAGAUGGUUCCCCACAGGAACUACAAGGACUGUGAUUGGUCGGAUAAAGACUGGCCUUGCCUAUGUCGUGAUGCAAAGAUUCGCAGACACAGGAGGAAAGGAUGCUCUCGCUGCCACGGCAACAAGGCCUCAGGGGGCGUGUCCAGAGCCAUGAAGAGUCUGGACCCUCUGUACUCUCAGUUAAGCUCCGCCCAUGACGAACCAGGUGACAAAGACCUGGACCUGAAGGGGGACGAUGACAGUCCACAGCCAGAACGAAGUGGUGCAUCAUGGGAAGCCUCAUUCCCUCUCAUCGACGUC